AUGGCUAUCUUGAUUGCCAUCCUGUUUAUGGUUGCUGUUCCUGUAAACGCCGACGGCUGGGAUGACUUUACGAAUAACCUUGCAACUGGCCUUGCUCCCCUGGUGUCUUUGUUCGGAGAACAGACAACCAAGCAGUUCCUGAGUGAAUCCAUUUCAUUCCUUGAUAAUAUCAUUUUUGCCAUGGCUCCACUUGGGAUAUUAACGGCCGUUGUCUCCGUUACCCGAGUGCUGGGAUCUGCUUCCAUGAAAGCAUUUGUCGGUAGAGCCCAGGAAGGAAGAGGUGUUGCUGAAGCAGAGCUUUGCUCCUCCACCAGUGACGACGUGUGCGAGCUAUGGAACAGCGGUGGAAUAGCCCGGGUUUUUGGACGUCCCAAGAUAGUCGAGUUUAUUUUUUAUCCCAAGUACGAAGAUAGUGCGCUUGCAUUCUAUGGAUUGCAUUCUGAUGGAGCACAGCGCGGUCUUAUUAGUCUCGUUCGAUUGUUUGCUUAUUUCUUAGCGAGUGAGGGGCAUUUGGUUCAUUAG